AAUAUACGAUGUAUCGAUUAUCGAUGUUCAUUUCAAUGUCUUCUUCGGAAAGACACGAAUUGCGUAAAUUACCAGUAAUUCUAAACGUUAUAUGUAUUUAAUCUUUUAAAGUAUGUAUCGUUUAUUUGAAUUUUUAAUAUUCGCAUAUUGAAUUUAUCAAUUAAUUGUGUAUUUCAUCACGCGAAUCGCUCCUGUUUAACAUUAUGCUCGAGAUGUUUCGAUAGUAUCGAGGUUUUUUGGCAGAUCGAAAGAAAGAUGUCCCUCGAUGGUAGAUUAGAAUGUUAUUAGUCAUUCGUAUCGUGUUUGUAAGUAAAUAUCAGCUGGAUGCGUAAAGAAAAACAUAACGUGAUUCCGUGACAGCGCGUAACGGAUGUAACUAUCGAAUAUACAUCGAUCAAAGAAUCUACGAAGAAAAUGGGCCUUUUCCAGACUUCCUCUCCUUUCGACGCUGACGUUGAAAAGGCAACUAGUGAAAAGAAUAUAUCUAUAGAAUGGGGGAAAAUGUUGGAUAUUUGUGAUAAAGUUGGUACUUCUACUCAAAAUGCAAAGGAUUGUUUACGAUCAAUUGUUAAAAGAUUAUAUUCUCCAGAUCCACAUAUUGUUAUGCAAGCUUUGACAUUAUUAGAUGUGUGUGUCAUCAAUUGUGGAAAAACAUUUCACUUAGAAAUUGCAUCAAGAGACUUUGAAAAUGAUCUGAGAAAACUUGUUAACCAUUCUGAGCCAAAGAUUGCUGAGAAAAUGAAAGAGCUUCUAAAAAAAUGGGCUGAAAAUGAUUUCAAAACUGAUCCUCAGCUUAAUUUAAUUCCAAGUUUAUAUAAUAAACUUAAAAAUGAAGGUCAUGAUUUCACUUCUACAUCUGAUACACCUAAACGUACAACUGUAUUAAGUAAAGAUCCAAAUGUAGUAACAAAUUCACAAGAAGAGGAAGAUAUUGCAAAAGCCAUAGAACUUUCACUUAAAGAAAGUAAAGUUCAUAAUCAAGCAUCCUCUUCACAUAGUUCACCAUCUACUAAGUAUACCAGUUUAUAUCCUAAUGUAAGUUCUGCACUUGGUACUUCGAGCAAUACAGAAGGCAGGAAAGUCCGUGCUUUAUAUGAUUUUGAAGCAGCAGAAGAUAAUGAAUUAACAUUUUUUGCAGGAGAAAUAAUUAACAUUUUGGACGAUUCUGAUCCAAACUGGUGGAAAGGUAGUAAUCAAAACGGAGAAGGAUUGUUUCCCUCUAAUUUUGUUACUGCAGAUUUAUCUGUAGAACCUGAACAAUUCACAAAAUUAGAACACAGUAACAAAAAAAUGGUUCAAUUUGCCGAAGAAGUAGAAGUGAAAACAGUAAAAAGAGAACCAGAAGUGGUUGAAGUUGAAAUAGAUGAAAGAAAAAUGGACAGACUUUUACAUUUAUUACAUGAAGCUGAUCCUCAAUGUGAUACUUCAGAUACUCAAGAAAUGCUUGAUUUAGAAGAACAAGUUACUGCAAUGGGACCGUUGAUAGAUGCAGCUUUAGAAAAAGUAGAUAGGAGGCAUGCACAGUUGACUCAGUUGAGUUCUGAUUUAGUAGAUGCUCUUAAUCUAUAUCAUACACUGAUGCGAGAACCUCCACCACCUACACCAUCAAAUUAUACUUUAUCUAAAAUGCCACCUCACAUAAAUCCUUAUCAAUUUCAAAAUCAGGGACCACCACCUCCACAUAUAUUUAAUGGAGUACCUCCUCCUCAUCAAACUUCUUUUCCUGUUGGAGGUGGUCCAUCUGGACCAUAUAAUACCACUAUUCCAACUAGUGAUUACAUGGGAUCUGCAAGUAUGCCAAAUAUAACAUUACCGCAACAUUUUCAUAUGCAACCACCAGGUCCACAUCAACCUCCUCCUGGACAUCCUCAAGGUCAGCCAGUACCAGAACAAAGCAAUCUUUAUUCUCAUCAAGGAUAUCCACCUCAAACUGGUCCCAUGCCAGGACCAUAUGGUCCACCAGGACCAACAGGACCUUCGGUAAGCCAACAACCUCAAUAUGCUCCACCAAAUGGGCAACACAUGAUGUAAAAGGAUGCUAUAUGUUCCAAAUUCAUCCUGAACUGUAAUUCAAGCUAUAUACAAUAUUACUAUAUUAUAAUUAUUUAAAUAAACAUACCCGAAGUAGCCAAAGAUACUGGGUUUUUGAUGGAAGUUUUGCAUUCGAAACUUACCGUAAGCUUAUUAUGUAGGCACGUACAUGAAAAAAUACAUUAGGCAAAGAGCGAGUUAUUUUAUUAACGUUAACGUUUGACUAUCGUUAAUAUGAUAUGUAUUUUUUAAAAAUAUCUUCAUUACUCUCAUAAUUCAGAUUCAAUUAACACAUUCCUUUGGUUUGAUUUAUAUCCAAGUAUUUUAUUUUGCGUUUCAAUCAUAUAACUAUAUUCAAAUGUUACACUUCUAAAGUGUUAAAAUAUAAAAUUAAGGCGAAAAGAAACGAAAAAAAAAGAAAGAAAGAAAAGAAGAAGAAAAAGGAGAAGAAAAAAUAUUAUGGAAUCAUCAAUUCAUAUUGAUACAUCAUCGAAUUUGUAUUGUAAUAAUAUACUUCAUUAUACUUAUUUAUAAUACGUUGUAUAAAAUUUAUCAUAUAUUUGUAAUAGGUUCUAAAGAAAACAGCACUAUCGUUUAAUAUAUAAUUGCGAUAAUACACGAAAUUGUACACGACUGUGGAGAUAAUGGUGGAGACUGUAUCGAAAGCACGACCGUAUUUUAUAGUUUUUUACUGUCAUUAAUUCUUAACAAAUAACAACUAUAAAAGAGCCUUGAAAUACAAUUGUUAUUAAUCUUUUUCUUAAAUUAAAAAAAACAAAAGAAGAGAAAAAGAUAAAUAUAUAUAAUACUAUAAUUAUAGUAGCUUUGAAAUAAACAGCUCGAGUUAAAUAGUCGAGAGCCGAAGUAUAAAUCUAAGAACAAUUAUAAUAUCACGACAAGACGUCUAAACUUGACUCUAGUCUGUCCACUGUGUAUAAUAAAACAUAUUUCCUAUUGUAAUGCUUAUUGCGAUCUGCGAGGAACUUUUUAUGAAUUGUUAACGCAUAAUAUUUGCAUAGUUGCAUUCAUACCGUCGUAAAGGCGACCCUGUCUGUGUUAGAAAAAAAAAAAAAGAACGAAAAACCAGGAAAACAUAAUAAAAAACUGAAGAGGAUAAUUGUAUUCUUUUAAAAUUACAUUAAAAAUAAGAUUUAAAAAUUUUAAAUUAGAUUAAUUCUCAAGAAUUUCUUUAAUAGACCUUUAUUUUUAAAGUAAUUAUAAGUGAACUUUAUAUUUUGAAAUUAGAAGAUAAUAUUAGUAACGUUUAUAGGCCAAAAGAAAGUCUUAAUAGAUCAGCAAAUUACUAUUAGAGUGUAAUUUAAGAUUUGUUGAAGUACAAAAAUAAGGGUCUAUUAAGAAAAAUAAUAAACUUGGUAUCAUCAAAAUUACUUUGUAUACAUCAAACAUAAUAUAGAAAAAAUAUUUCAUACAAAUCAUUUGCAAAUAAAGAUUUAAAAAGAAAUUAUAAAUGUUAAAUUGUACAUUUUAAGCAAAUAUUUCAAAUUAAGAAAUUGAAAUUUUAUAUUUGUUCAUAUAAAUUCUUUGUAUAUUAUAUAAGAUCUAAUAGUAAAAUGUGUAUAAUUCUGUAUUUAAAUUUAUGUAUAUCAAUUAUUGUGUUUAUUUGAUUUUAAAUAACUUAUAUUUCUUAUAAAUCAAUUAAACUAAUUAUGUGAAAUUAUUUCUUUUUAUGCAUAUUAUAUUUUUAAUUCAGUUUUUCUUUAUAUAUAUUAUUUUUUUAUUUUCUUAUUAAUUAACUAAUAAAUAUUUUAUACAUUUGAAAAUAAAAUAGAUUUUUAAGAUGAAUAAGUUGAAAAAAUUUAAUUUAAGGAUGAAAAUAGUUUUAAAAUCUAAUAUUUAUAAAUCUAUAACUUAAAAAGGCUGUUCUAUAACUCAAAUUAAAAAUUCUAAGAAUUUUUAAGUUGAAAAGAAUUCUGAAAAACUCUAUUUUUUUUUUUUUUUUACGUACAACAUAUUUAUUAAAAUAAAAAUAUUUCAAUAUAUAUAUUAUAUGAUAGAACAGAGAAAUGAAACAUUCAUUAAAUCUAUAAUAUUAUGUAAGUGUAAUCAAAUUGCACUCUAAAGCAUAUGUAAUAAAUAAUAUUUUUUGGUGGAAAAAAAACAUAAAAUAAAGAAUAAAAAAGCAUAAUUAUAGAUAAUCAUUAUAAUAAAUUAUACAUAAAAUUUAUAACCAUUCAAUUUCUUAAAUUUUAAAUUUUCUAUAAUGUUAGACUGAUAUACAAAUACAAUUUUAAAAAGAAAUAGAAUUAUUGAAAAGAUAUUUGAUUUUUGAACGCGUGAUACAGAACAGCCUCUUUAAUGUUUCUUUGAAAAGACAGGGCGCAUUGAUACGAUAGUGCAAUAUAUACUUGAUUUGAUAUAGAAUUUCGAAGGAAAAAAAAUAAAUUGCAUCGACAAUGUGUAGAAAAGAAAAAAAAAUAAUAAAAACGUGUAAAAAUCUUGUAAAGCAAUAGAAAGAAGCUAAGUCAGAUAUAAAUGUAUUAAAUGAAAGAAAGAAACUAAAACGAAAAAGAAAAACAUAUUGCUUUUUUGUAACGAUUGUGUAAUGUACAUUGUAUAUGUACCUAGAAAAAAAGAGUGAAAGAGAGAGUGAGAGAGAGAUAAAAGAGACAUAGAAAGUAAAAAAGAAUAGAUCUUAUAAAAAAGAAAGAUAAAUAGAUGUAAUUUACAUUGUAUAUGUUACGUUGCCAUUAAACUCUCAUUAUUUACGUAAA